AUUGCCUAGGCAGCACAUUUUAAAAAUCUCUAAAUUUGUCAAAUUAUAUAAUAUGACUUUGUGUGCGUGUAUAUGUGUCUAAGUGGGCAACCAAAUACGUGAUAAAUUAACGCAUUAAAAUCAAAACAGAGAACGUAUGAAAUGUAUUUCUGUUGGAAUGUGUGGGGUGCUGUGAAGGGUAUGGGGGUUGCCGCACUGUUGGGGUGCAUAACAAAGGAAUCAAGUGAACCAAAAGUGAAAUACGGUUAAGCAACAGCUGUUUAUUGUGCCCGUUGUCUGGUCAGACAAUUCCAAUCAGAAUUGCAUCACAACGAAUUGCUCAAAACGUAAACGAAACGCAACGAAUCUGCCAUGAGCCGCCUUAUAGAGAAGCCCAACAUUGCCAUGUCCAUUACAUCAACAGGUAGUCAAUUAUCCAGCACAGUUGUCACUGGCUCGGCCAUAGCAGACGACACACCUGCUCCGGCAGAGGACGAGGAUGGCCACAGAAGCGCAACGGGAAUCCAAACUCCAGUUGCCUCCGUCGAACAGAACGCCAAGUCCACAAGUGUGCGCAACAAAGUGGACCAGGUCCUCAUCAGUCUGAUAUCGGGCGCAGCGGCCGGGGCUUUGGCUAAGACCACAAUAGCACCGUUGGACCGCACGAAAAUCAAUUUUCAGAUACGCAAGGAUGUGCCAUUUUCAUUCAAGGCUUCGCUCAACUACCUGCAGCAGACAUAUGCCAAGGAGGGCGUCCUGGCGCUGUGGCGCGGCAACUCGGCGACUAUGGCACGCAUUGUGCCCUACGCAGCCAUCCAGUUCACGUCCCACGAGCAAUGGCGACGCGUUCUGCAGGUGGACCAGAAUGGCGCUAAUACGAAAGGACGUCGUUUUAUCGCCGGUUCGUUGGCGGGCAUCACAUCACAGUCCUUGACCUAUCCUUUGGACUUGGCUCGCGCUCGCAUGGCUGUCACGGAUAGAUACACGGGCUAUCGCACGCUGCGUCAGGUGUUCUCCAAGAUCUGGGUGGAGGAAGGUCCGCGUACCCUGUUCCGUGGCUAUUGGGCUACUGUUUUGGGUGUUAUACCUUAUGCGGGGACCUCAUUCUUCACCUACGAAACGCUCAAACGCGAAUAUCAUGAAAUUAUUGGCAAUACAAAACCGAAUGCUUUAGUUUCGCUGGCAUUUGGCGCCGCAGCCGGUGUAGCUGGUCAAACGGCUAGCUAUCCGCUGGACAUUGUGCGUCGGCGAAUGCAGACGACCCGGGUGAACAUCAAUGAGCCGCAACGUUCUCUCACGAUACUGGGAACGCUUAUUAAGAUAUACAGGGAGGAGGGCAUCAAAAACGGCUUCUAUAAGGGCCUGAGUAUGAACUGGAUUAAGGGUCCCAUUGCCGUUGGCAUUAGCUUCUCCACGUAUGAUCUGAUCAAGGCUUGGCUUAUAGAAUUGUCUCAUUUGAAGCGCGGUCGGGCUGAAAAUUAGCAGAUGACCUUCAAACACAUACACACACAAACACACAUACUCAUUGACUUACAAACACACAUGCAUACACACCUACA